AUGUUCCGUCGCUUCCUCGGUAACAUCAUAACCGACACCGCCGCCUUCAAGACGUGGUGGACAAACGUGGCCGCCGAAUACAAAGACAACGACCUCGUCGUCUUCGACACAAACAACGAAUACCACGACAUGGACCAACAACUCGUCUUCGACCUAAACCAAGCCGCCAUCGACGGCAUCCGCGCCGCAGGCGCCACAAAACAAUACAUCACUCCUGAAGGCAACAGCUGGACCGGCGCGUGGACGUGGAUCAGUUCUGGCAACGGCGCUAGCAUGGUCAACCUGAAGGACCCAGAGAACAAACUCGUAUACCAAAUGCAUCAGUACCUCGAUACCGACGGCUCUGGUACUUCAGCUACCUGCGUCAGUGCGACGAUCUUCAAAGAGAGACUGCAGGCUGCGACCAAGUGGCUCAAGGAUAACAAGAAGCAGGGUGUUAUUGGCGAGUUUGCGGGUGGCAAUAACGCGCAGUGCAUUUCUGCGCUGCAGGAUGGGUUGAAGUAUAUGGGCGAGAAUAGCGAUGUUUGGCUUGGGGGUAUUUGGUGGGCAGCGGGACCGUGGUGGGCCGAUUACAUCUAUAACAUGGAGCCUACGACGGGCGUGGCUUGGACGGGGAUUUUGCCCAAGAUUAAGAGUUACUUUUUGUAG